AUAUUUUAAUAUUUGCAUACUUGUAUGGGUAUAUUAUUAUUAUUAUAUAGAUAUGUUCAUGCACUGCGCAUUUAUGUACAGGCACAUCAUACACAUUGUCAGACUUGAUCGCAUCUCCGUACAGAUAUACUUUGUAUACACGCGGAAGAAUUUCUUGUAUAAAUACUAACAAAAGUUACACCUUCUAUACUAUCAGCAAGCUGAAAUUAUCAUCGACUAUACUUAUAUCAGUAUUUCUCUGACAAAAAAUAGACCGCUUCCAAGCUUGCUUGGAUAUAUUGCUGUAUAUUAUAUCAGUGCGUACAAGCUAGCGACCGAUCAAGUGAACGAUUCUAUUUUUUCAUAUAUUGGAAAUAGAUAACGAUAUACAGCAAUGUCGACAAUCGUAUUGCCGAACGGACUUUCCACUUUUUUGAUAAGCGCUGGAGCAGUGACACUGCUAAGCUUUGGCCUUGUUUGGGGUGAAAAAAAGAGAAAAAGGGCAGCAAGACUAGUCGCAGAACGGAAACUUCGCGAUGAGAUUCUGGCCAGUCCUGAUUCAUCAUGGAAAAAGGUGGGAAGCGUCAAGGAAAUUUAUUACUAUCCCUUGAAAUCGGGCAAAGGCAAACCCGUGAAAGAGUGCAAUUUUGAAAAUGUUGGGAUUAGCGUGUCGAACGAAGAAUUUAUUCCUAUGAGGGACAGAAUGUUUCUUGUCUACGAGGGGAAGACAGGAAAAUUCAUAACUGGUCGUCAACAUUCGAAACUGCUGCUGGUCAGCAUAUCGGCUGCAGGCGAGGGUCGGGUUAAGCUUGAAGCUGCCGACAUGCCACCGCUGAUCUUGAACAUUCCGAUGCUCUCCGAUCCAAAUGCAAAAGUCAUCAAAUGUACUUUAUGGUUCGGUGAACCUGUCAAGUGUCUGGACUGUGGUCCAGAGGCAAGUGCAUGGAUAUCUAAAUAUUUGAAAGGAUCGGGAUCAGAUUUGCAAUUAGGAGCUUGGUUUCCAAAAUGUGAGAGAUUCAUCAGCAAGGGCGCCUCCUGGGAGCCAUAUGCCAAAAUGUACAAGACCAUCAGAGACGAGGACAUGGGUCUGUACUCUGAUCUUUCGAGUUAUAUGGUACUAUCCGAGUCGUCGGUGAAGGACCUCAACGAGCGUCUGAAAAAUCCAAUCUCACCACUUCAAUUGAGACCUAAUAUUGUAGUAGAAGGUAGUGCUCCCUAUGCCGAGGACGAGUGGGAGUGGAUCAAGGUCGGAAAGGAUGCGAUCAUUCGGAAUGUCAAACUUUGCACCAGAUGCUCAAUGGUGAGAGUCGAUCCCGACACUGGUAUUCCUGAUCCUUCGGAACCAUUGAAAACUCUCAGAACUUAUCGCAAACUUAAAAAUCCAGAGUUAGAUGCGUUGGAGAAUCAUGCUCCCGCGAUCGGUAUCUACUGCGGCCUGUAUGCAUCUGGAGUCGUCAAGAUUGGUGACGAAAUCAGCGUUUAUCGACCUGACAAACAAAACUUAUGAUAUUAAUGAGAAAAGAUACAGUAAGAGAAGUCAUUGAUACCUAAGGUACAAUUGGUCAUUUUUUUAUAAGCUGAAUAUUAUUUUUUUUUUAUACAUGGAUAUAUUUUGAAUAUAUAAAAGUUAUAAUAAUAAAUGAGUAAUAAAAAUAAGAAUGAAAGUAAUAAAAAUGAUGACAAUGCAUAAAAUAAUCUAUCUUUAUCUAUAAUGGAUAAUCAAGUUGUAUGUAUUUUUUAUCAAUAGAAAUAAUAAAUGGAUACAAAUAAUGACAAUGUA